AGCUAAAGCUGCUAGCUGUCAAACAUAUGUUUUAAUAUUGUUCCUGUUUUUCCGUCUUUCUUUCUCGCCGAUUGCGUUGGGCCCUGACUGCAAGUUGGGUGAACUUAACUUUCAUGGCAGUUCACAUCAACAUUAAGUAAAUGAGCAUGUGACCAAAGACCUGGGUUUUACAGCACAUGAUCUGGACCAGUGGAAGAGACCAAAUCAAUCAGAGGCAACGUGUUUCCAAAGUUCUCAGACCCAAAGUGAAUAACCAUGACCUCCAAGACAUCCCUGCUCAAAGUUAUCCUACUCGGUGAUGGAGGUGUAGGCAAGAGCUCCCUCAUGAAUCGUUAUGUCACCAACAAGUUCGAUGCUCACUUGUUCCACACCAUUGGCGUGGAGUUCCUCAACAAGGACCUGGAAGUGGAUGGACACCAGGUGACCCUGCAGAUCUGGGACACCGCCGGUCAGGAGCGCUUCCGCAGUCUGAGGACUCCUUUCUACCGUGGCUCCGACUGCUGCCUGCUGACUUUCAGUGUCGACGACAACCAGAGUUUUCUCAACCUAGGGAACUGGAAGAAGGAGUUCAUCUACUAUGCCGAUGUCAAAGAACCGGAGAAGUUCCCGUUUGUUGUGUUGGGCAACAAAUUGGAUGUGACGGAGCGACAGGUGACAACUGAGGAGGCUCAGCAGUGGUGCAAGGACAACGGUGACUACCCCUAUUAUGAGACCAGUGCCAAGGAUGCCACUAAUGUAGCAGUGGCCUUUCAGGAAGCAGUGCGUAGAGUGUUGGCAUUGGAUGAAAGAACUGAACACCUCAUCCCCACAGACACAAUCAAGCUCCACAGAAAGCCUCGCUCUGCUGCCAUGUGCUGUUCAUAACACCCAGGAGUACUCACCGUUUCACAUUUUUCUGUUAUGCCUGUUGUGCAACGAGGCUGUAGGUGCACAAUGCUGUAGUAACAUAAUAUUUAAACAAAAAAUGAGCUACUGCCUUUUUUUGAUUUCUUUUACCGAUUUCUUUUACUGUUAAAGGUUUGAUUAUGUUAACACCACGUUGGCUCGAUGAAUUCAGAGAUGAAGCACUACUUUACAUCCUAAAGUCAAGUAGAAGUAAAUAUGAAAUGAAUUGCCUAAACUGCCACAGAUUAUAUAAAAGGAUAUGUUGAGCUGAACUAAGUCUGUGUGAAGGCUUAAAAUCAUUAGGGGAGUGAACGUAAUAGUUUCUGUUGACUUAAUGUGCUAUUCUUUUUGCAAAACUAAAUAAUGACUUGCUUGCAUAUGUAUGUGGAAAAGUGUACUUUAGCAGUACACUCAGGAUCUUUACACUUCAUUCCAGAUUGUGACAGUGCAAAAACAUCAUAAUCUUAACAUUUCUAUUUAGAAAUUAAUACUACUUUAAAGUAAUUUGUGACAAAUAACUUUCAUUCUGAAGAAUUUAAAGUUGCUGAAGCACUAUAUUGUAACUAACAAAUUAAGGUUUGUUGUAAGUAUUGCACCUUUACAUCUUGUUUGCACAUUCUACAUAGUAAAUAGAUUAUUGGCUAUGUGCUGAUAUAGUGAGGGACAAGAUCCCUUAACAGAAGACUAAAAACAAGUUAAGAUAAAUUAAAGUUGCAUGACGUGUUCAUAAACUCUUCUGGACACUUAUUUUGGAGCUGUUUUUACCUCAAGUCAUUAAUUAGGAUUAGUGUUUUCUUCAGAGAAGUGUAAGUAAAAGAAGUCAUGAUUACGUUUUUUUUUUAAAUAAUUGUUAUAAUUAUUCUUUCAAAUAUUGUUCUAAAUAAUGAUUCUUGCAGGAUUAUGGAUAUUUUUUUUUUUUUUUCAAAAUAAAACCUCAUCAUUAAAAAAACAAAAACAAACAUAAAUGACUUAAGAAAUAGGAAUACUUCUGACCAACUGGAUUUCAUUGAAACUUUCAAAUGUACUUCUGCUAAACUAAACAUGAAUUAAACUACCUUAUGAGUUCUCACUUUAA